AUGCCUCGCUUCGUUCCUCGCCAGCGGAAGCACAAAGUGCUCGCCCGCGAAAAGGCGCAAGCUGGACCGUCUGCGACCGACCCCGCUGCACCACAAUCCAACCAAGAAAUUAUCGUCCCGCAGAGCAAGGCAGAGAGGGAGGCGAAAAGGCAAAAAUUGAGAGAAGAACUGAGAUCCCAGCAGACACGUAUCUCGAGCAAGAAACAGAAGAGAUUGGACAAGUACAUCGACAACAAGCUGAGGAAGGAUGAGACUCUAGACCUGUUGCAGAAGUUGGAGCAAGAGAAGGAAAAGUACGAGGCUGUGGUUGCAAAGAGCUCUGGGAAUCUGGGCAAGCGUACGUUUGGCGAGUUUCGGAGUGAUUCAGGGCCAGGUCCAAAGCGUCAAAAGCAGAAGAUCUUUGAGGUGCCGGAGGAGUCUGACGUCGACAGCGAGGACUCCUUCGAGGCCGAGCACAGGGAAGCCUUUGUUGAGACGAAGAACGCAGAGAAGCCGGUGGUGCCACUUGGAAGACCUCAUCUACAGGGAAGUGGCCUUGCGCAGCCGUUGGCGCUGGAUGAGAAUGGAUUGCCUAUCAUACAGUCUCGCAAAAGCAAGAAACGGGCCAGACCCCGCGAUGACGAGGUUCCCGUGGAGUUACCCUGGGAAGGCUUCGACUCUGAGCCGAGUAUAAAGGAGCAAGAUUCGGACGAAGAGGAUUCAGAGGAGGGAGAAGGCAGAAGUUCUGAAAUUUCGGAUUCAUCGAGCAACCCAGAGGAUACUUUAGAAGAAGAAGAUACAGACAUGUCCGAUGCCGAAGAAGAGGAAGAUGGUAACGAAAUAAAACCAAGGAAUUCGGCCUUCAAAGCAUGGGCGACCCAGCAAUUAAACCAAUCCAUCGGAUACACGCCAUCCUAUACGACGGGCGAAGGACAACUAUUACCCGUGCCCAAACCCGCCACAAAAUCAGAUACCCAGCCUCCAAAACCACCCACAGCAGCUCCGGAGCGGAAUCCUGUACCUAAUCGAAAAGCUCACGCUGUGCAUGUCAGUCGACCUCAGGAUAUACAAGAAUCCCGGUCUCAACUGCCCAUUCUCCAACGAGAACAGGAAAUUAUGGAAGCCAUCCACAAUAACCCAGUUGUGAUCAUCAAGGGCGAUACCGGGAGCGGGAAAACUACACAGACUCCGCAAUUUCUUUUCGAGGCCGGCUACGGGGCGCCCGAAGGACCAACACCGGGCAUGAUUGGAAUCACCCAACCCCGUCGUGUUGCUGCUGUCAGUAUGGCAAAGCGGGUCAGUACUGAGCUAGGGGAACAUGGCCACAAGGUGGCAUAUCAGAUCAGGUUUGACAGUACGGUGUCGACAAACACGGCUGUAAAAUUUAUGACAGACGGGAUCUUACUGCGUGAACUCUCCGAGGAUCUGCUGUUAAGAAAAUAUUCCGUGAUAGUUGUCGACGAGGCUCAUGAGAGGAGCGUCAACACGGACAUCCUGAUUGGAAUGCUGAGCAAAAUCGUCCCGGCGCGGAUGCAGAAGAGUCAAUUCAAUCCGAAUCCAACGCCACUCAAAUUGAUCAUCAUGUCUGCUACGCUCAACAUCGGCGAUUUUCUUCACGAGAAGCUCUUCUCAGCCGCGCUACGGCCUCCCAUAGUUGAAGCCGAAGGACGCCAACACCGUGUAACAACACACUUUGCCUUGAGAUCACGAGCAGAUUACGUGGAAGAGGUGAUCGAAAAGGUCAGACGAGCUCACCGGAAACUUCCCAGAGGCGGCAUUCUUGUUUUCUUGACUGGCCAGAACGAAAUCAAGCAAGUCGGCAACCGACUGAAUGCACUCCUGGCUCAAAGAAAUGACAGCAGGACCACGACAAACACACCUCGGGUGGAAAUUGCUGCGACUGAAGCGCCCCUCGAGGUUGAGGAUUUCGAGUUCGGCCCUGUGAAAGUGCAAGACGCGGAGGACGAUUUCGAGAUGGAAAUUUUGACGCACUCAGAAGAUGAAGCGGAAGAGAAGGAAUUCGAGAUUUCAGAUGAUGAGGACGAUGCUGGAGACGAGACAACCCUUCCACAAGCUCGUGGGCAUUCGAGUUCAAAGGAUCCAUACACCUCUGUUCACAUUCUCCCUCUCUACUCCCAACUACCCACCGCCGAACAGCUAAAGGUGUUUGAGCCACCUCCUCCUGGGGCGCGGCUGAUCGUUCUUGCAACCAACGUCGCAGAAACAAGUUUGACCAUUCCUGGUAUACGCUAUGUCUUCGAUACUGGUCGCAGCAAGGAACGUAAAUACAAUCUCGACACGGGAGUCCAGAGCUUCGAGAUCGACUAUAUCAGCAAAGCCAGCGCUCAGCAGCGUGCGGGUCGUGCAGGCCGCACAGGGCCCGGUCACUGUUGGCGGCUGUACUCAUCAGCAGUGUAUGAGCAAUUCUUUCCCGAUCAUACAGAGCCCGAGAUCUUGAGGGCCCCCGCGGAGAGCGUGGCACUGCAGUUGAAGGGGUUCGCCUAUCCACGGCCGAUCGCUGAAUUUCCGUUCCCGACACCACCAGCCGCGCAGACACUGGACAAGGCAGAGCAGCUGUUGAAGAACCUUGGUGCAUUGACCGUGAGCGGGUCGAUCACAGGCCUGGGCAAACGAUUGUCGAUGUAUCCACUCUCUCCUCGCCUCGGUAAGAUUCUGGCAGCGUGCGUCCGUGAGACAGACUUGGUUUGGCACAUCCUUGCACUCGUUUCUGCUAUAGCGGUGCCGGAAAUCUUUAUCACAGAAGGUCAACUCAACCUUACCGAUGACAAGAACGCAGCAACAGCCUCGUCAGCGCACGGUCAGAACAAUGGUGAUGAUGACGACGAGCAGGAAGUGUACACAUUCGAGAAACAGCAGGAAGACGACCGUCGUGAGAAGCUCCGACAAGAGUAUGGUCGUGCCCGCGCGACGCUGAGCAAGAACGACAAAGCCUCGGACGCGAUGAAACUCCUUACUGCAGCCUCGGUCUAUCUCGACAGCUCUCCAUCUGGUCGGGAGACCCUGUGCAAGUCACUCUUCCUCCGUUCCAAAGCCAUGGCCGAGGUCGCUCAACUGCGUGAUCAGCUGGAACAUCUGGUACUCAUGAACCACCGCAGCUCUAUCACCAGAGCCACCAUCUCGCAGUCCCGAAAGACCAAGAUCUCCUCGAGCAAAGUGGCGACGCGUAUCAACACGAUCGUGGCGUCUGGGUAUAUUGACCAGAUCGCCAUCCGCUACGACAAGGCGCCGCAACCACCAUCUGACUGUCCAGCGAAAACCCCGCGCCGGACGAUCGACGUGCCCUAUCUUCCCCUGGUCCCCCUGCACGACCACCCGUCCGCUCCGCUGCACGAGAAAGCCGUGUUUAUCCACCCAUCGUCGGUCCUCGCGCGGGCCAACGUCAAAGACCUGCCCGAGUACAUCUGCUACAGCCACCUGCAACGUGCGCAGGCCCACACAAUCACACCGUCGCCCUCGCAGCACCGCGACGCUGACAAGAAAAUCCCCAAGACGCGAAUGUUCCCGCUCGCGCCCCUCACGUCGGCGCAGCUGGCGUUUAUUGCCAGGGACACGGCUCUCAUCAACUACGGCAAACCUGUGCCCCGGACCAAGAUCGAUGAGUUGCCAGGUUCGCCGCGUAGGAGGGAGUGCUGGGUCACGGUGGACGUGCGCGCCAGUGCCGUCACGUCGGGUGCCGGGGGUGUUCUGGCCUGGCCUCUCCCGCCGGUCAAGGUGAGGCAGGUCAUGGACGUGAAGAGCAAGACGGGCUGGAGGGUCGAGCAGGUGUUGUAG